AUGCGACUGGCGCUGCUGCUCUUUAGUUGGGCGUGCUCCACCGCCACCAAGACCAAUCCUCAGACCACCUCCUCCAAGGCCUAUACCCAGACCACCUCCUCCAAGGCCAAAACCACCGCCAGCCAGGAUAACGCCACGGCCUUCAGACCAACACCACCGCGAUUUGUUAGACCUCCAACUGUUCCGCCACCCAGGCCCACCAGAAGACUUCCCAUCACAAGGCAACCAACCAGGAGGAUCCCAAAACCACCAGUUACCCGAAGACCCACCGCCAGGCCAACUCGUCCACCAGCAGUGCGCACCACUCGAAAAUUCUUGAUCUGGUCACGGCCACCCACCAGAUUGCUACCGACUAGACCCAAUAUAAGGCCCACCCUGUGGACCAGACCUCCAGUGCGUCCUCCAUUGCCCACAGUUCGUCCAACGCGCAGGAGAGUUGGUCCCACUCUGUGGACAAGACCUCCCAUAAGAGUCACAGUGCGACCCACCCCUAGACCCACAAUUAGACCCACAGUUCGAGCCACUCUAUGGACACGACCUCCAGUGAGACCUUCAAGCUCCACACCAGGAGCCACCAAGCGAUCCACCCUAUGGACAAGACGACCCAUCGGAUCCACCUUGACCACAAGGACACCAGUUAGAGCUACGAAACCCACAUUACCGCGAUCCACUUUAUGGACCCGACCCCAAGUUAGAACUACUAGACGACUGACUUUUAUUUUCGAGGAACCCACUAGAAAGCUUCCCACCCCAAGACCCAUUCAAACCACUAGACCUCAACAUCCGGACACAACUCGAACCACAAGAAGUUUGAUAUUUAUAUUUCCCAGGGACACCACCUCUAUAGCUCGACGUCCCAAUAGGACUGUACAUCCAACAGGUCCUACGAGAACUACUUUAAUAGCUUAA